GAAAAUUCAGAUAUUCGAAUGCUCAAGUAUGAAAACGUUGCUUCCACAUUGGUUGCUUCCAAACCUCCAAAACCUGGAAGAAAUUUAUGUGGAAGAAUGUGAUGAGAUAGUAGAAAUAUUGGGAGCACCAACAUUAGAAGUUGAAGAAAAAGGGAGUGAUGCAUUAAUCAAAUUCCAUCUUCCCAAACUGAGAGAGUUAUACUUGUGGGAAUUACCAAAUUUGAAGAGCAUUUGCAGCAAAAGUGGAGUGAUGGUUUGUGAUUCUCUCCAAGUUAUCGAAUUUGGAAAUUGUGAUAAACUGAAGAGAAUUCCUCCAUUUGUUCCCUUUGUUGGCAAUGGGCAGCCAUUUGCAUAUGCUCCACCUUCUCUUACUAUCAAGUCAAGGAAAGAGUGGUGGGAAUCGUUGGAGUGGGAUGGCCAUCCAAACUUUAAAAAUGUUCUUCGCUUCAACCGUUGGUCGGAGAUUGACUAUAAGGCUAAUAUGUAUAUCAGGAGAUGUAAGUGGCGAAUGAGAGGAUAGUGCAAAAGAGAGGAGAAAAGGAAUGAUGGAAGGAAGAGGUUAAGAGCAUUGAGGCUGAGAGGCUAAGGUAAUAUAAGAAAUCAAACUGCUUCCACUUUUUAAACAUUUUCCCUCUCUUACAAUUCCUUCUAUUCUCUUAUUCUUCUCUAUAUAUAUAUAAUUCCCAAAAUAACCUUUUAAAUUUUCAUAUUUAUAAUUAAAACAUUUAAGUUAUA